AUGGCAAAUUUAGUCCAUCUCCCCGUCGAGAUCCUUCUGCAUAUUCAGAGAUAUUUCAGCAAAUCAACACUUAAUUAUUUCAGCCAAGUAUGUCGGCACUUCUACUCCAUUUCCAACUCUACACUUUACAAGAAGAACACAGCCAGGGCAUUAUGGCAAGCAACAGAAACAGGGAACGCCGAAACUCUGCACAAGCUGCUAGGAUAUUGUCCGCGGACCAACGAGUCUGAUCUGCAAUAUGCCAUAUGGAGCCCCCUUGGUCACACACCGAUGUCAGCAGCGGUAUACGGUGGAAGUGCAGAAGUAGUCCAGACCCUCAUAGACAGCGGCUUCGACCCGACUGAUAAAGACAGGAAUGGCUAUACACCUCUCUCCUGGGCAGCAUUGUAUGGCCAUACUGAUAUUAUUGCAAUCUUGCUGAAGACCGGCAUUGACCCGGAUCUAAAAGACAUGUAUGGCCGAACUCCUUUGAGUUGGGCCGCUGAGUAUUGUCAUAUAGAUGCUGUGAAGAUAUUUUUAGAUUACGGUGCGGAUCCUGAGUGUCAGGAUGAUGAUAUUUACAUUGUUGAAGCUAGGGCAAGACAAGAAGGGCUUUACCUAGUGCCUCUCUUCUUGAUGAACCAUGAACGGUUGUAUAAAAGACCCAUCCCUCGGAAGCCUAUAGAAUGGGCUAAGAGAAAUGAUUGUGCAGCUGUUGUUGAGCUCCUACAGCAUACAAAGGAAUCUGAAGAGACUCCCUACAUAUUUGAUUUGAUUGUGUACUCCUGGCGCUAG